AUGAAUGCAAUACAUAACAAAUUGGUGGGCUAUUUCUAUGAAGGUUUUUAUAAACAGAUUGACAGAUAUUUUGAAAGAUCCAACAUGAUGAUGAUGAUGAUGAUGAUGAUGAUGAUGAUGAUGAUGAUGAUGAUGAUGAUGAUGAUGAUGAUGAUGAUGAUGAUGAUGAUGAUGAUGAUGAUGAUGAUGAUGAUGAUGAUGAUGAUGAUGAUGAUGAUGAUGAUGAUGAUGAUGAUGAUGAUGAUGAUGAUGAUGAUGAUGAUGAUGAUGAUGAUGAUGAUGAUGAUGAUGAUGAUGAUGAUGAUGAUGAUGAUGAUGAUGAUGAUGAUGAUGAUGAUGAUGAUGAUGAUGAUGAUGAUGAUGAUGAUGAUGAUGAUGAUGAUGAUGAUGAUGAUGAUGAUGAUGAUGAUGAUGAUGAUGAUGAUGAUGAUGAUGAUGAUGAUGAUGAUGAUGAUGAUGAUGAUGAUGAUGAUGAUGAUGAUGAUGAUGAUGAUGAUGAUGAUGAUGAUGAUGAUGAUGAUGAUGAUGAUGAUGAUGAUGAUGAUGAUGAUGAUGAUGAUGAUGAUGAUGAUGAUGAUGAUGAUGAUGAUGAUGAUGAUGAUGAUGAUGAUGAUGAUGAUGAUGAUGAUGAUGAUGAUGAUGAUGAUGAUGAUGAUGAUGAUGAUGAUGAUGAUGAUGAUGAUGAUGAUGAUGAUGAUGAUGAUGAUGAUGAUGAUGAUGAUGAUGAUGAUGAUGAUGAUGAUGAUGAUGAUGAUGAUGAUGAUGAUGAUGAUGAUGAUGAUGAUGAUGAUGAUGAUGAUGAUGAUGAUGAUGAUGAUGAUGAUGAUGAUGAUGAUGAUGAUGAUGAUGAUGAUGAUGAUGAUGAUGAUGAUGAUGAUGAUGAUGAUGAUGAUGAUGAUGAUGAUGAUGAUGAUGAUGAUGAUGAUGAUGAUGAUGAUGAUGAUGAUGAUGAUGAUGAUGAUGAUGAUGAUGAUGAUGAUGAUGAUGAUGAUGAUGAUGAUGAUGAUGAUGAUGAUGAUGAUGAUGAUGAUGAUGAUGAUGAUGAUGAUGAUGAUGAUGAUGAUGAUGAUGAUGAUGAUGAUGAUGAUGAUGAUGAUGAUGAUGAUGAUGAUGAUGAUGAUGAUGAUGAUGAUGAUGAUGAUGAUGAUGAUGAUGAUGAUGAUGAUGAUGAUGAUGAUGAUGAUGAUGAUGAUGAUGAUGAUGAUGAUGAUGAUGAUGAUGAUGAUGAUGAUGAUGAUGAUGAUGAUGAUGAUGAUGAUGAUGAUGAUGAUGAUGAUGAUGAUGAUGAUGAUGAUGAUGAUGAUGAUGAUGAUGAUGAUGAUGAUGAUGAUGAUGAUGAUGAUGAUGAUGAUGAUGAUGAUGAUGAUGAUGAUGAUGAUGAUGAUGAUGAUGAUGAUGAUGAUGAUGAUGAUGAUGAUGAUGAUGAUGAUGAUGAUGAUGAUGAUGAUGAUGAUGAUGAUGAUGAUGAUGAUGAUGAUGAUGAUGAUGAUGAUGAUGAUGAUGAUGAUGAUGAUGAUGAUGAUGAUGAUGAUGAUGAUGAUGAUGAUGAUGAUGAUGAUGAUGAUGAUGAUGAUGAUGAUGAUGAUGAUGAUGAUGAUGAUGAUGAUGAUGAUGAUGAUGAUGAUGAUGAUGAUGAUGAUGAUGAUGAUGAUGAUGAUGAUGAUGAUGAUGAUGAUGAUGAUGAUGAUGAUGAUGAUGAUGAUGAUGAUGAUGAUGAUGAUGAUGAUGAUGAUGAUGAUGAUGAUGAUGAUGAUGAUGAUGAUGAUGAUGAUGAUGAUGAUGAUGAUGAUGAUGAUGAUGAUGAUGAUGAUGAUGAUGAUGAUGAUGAUGAUGAUGAUGAUGAUGAUGAUGAUGAUGAUGAUGAUGAUGAUGAUGAUGAUGAUGAUGAUGAUGAUGAUGAUGAUGAUGAUGAUGAUGAUGAUGAUGAUGAUGAUGAUGAUGAUGAUGAUGAUGAUGAUGAUGAUGAUGAUGAUGAUGAUGAUGAUGAUGAUGAUGAUGAUGAUGAUGAUGAUGAUGAUGAUGAUGAUGAUGAUGAUGAUGAUGAUGAUGAUGAUGAUGAUGAUGAUGAUGAUGAUGAUGAUGAUGAUGAUGAUGAUGAUGAUGAUGAUGAUGAUGAUGAUGAUGAUGAUGAUGAUGAUGAUGAUGAUGAUGAUGAUGAUGAUGAUGAUGAUGAUGAUGAUGAUGAUGAUGAUGAUGAUGAUGAUGAUGAUGAUGAUGAUGAUGAUGAUGAUGAUGAUGAUGAUGAUGAUGAUGAUGAUGAUGAUGAUGAUGAUGAUGAUGAUGAUGAUGAUGAUGAUGAUGAUGAUGAUGAUGAUGAUGAUGAUGAUGAUGAUGAUGAUGAUGAUGAUGAUGAUGAUGAUGAUGAUGAUGAUGAUGAUGAUGAUGAUGAUGAUGAUGAUGAUGAUGAUGAUGAUGAUGAUGAUGAUGAUGAUGAUGAUGAUGAUGAUGAUGAUGAUGAUGAUGAUGAUGAUGAUGAUGAUGAUGAUGAUGAUGAUGAUGAUGAUGAUGAUGAUGAUGAUGAUGAUGAUGAUGAUGAUGAUGAUGAUGAUGAUGAUGAUGAUGAUGAUGAUGAUGAUGAUGAUGAUGAUGAUGAUGAUGAUGAUGAUGAUGAUGAUGAUGAUGAUGAUGAUGAUGAUGAUGAUGAUGAUGAUGAUGAUGAUGAUGAUGAUGAUGAUGAUGAUGAUGAUGAUGAUGAUGAUGAUGAUGAUGAUGAUGAUGAUGAUGAUGAUGAUGAUGAUGAUGAUGAUGAUGAUGAUGAUGAUGAUGAUGAUGAUGAUGAUGAUGAUGAUGAUGAUGAUGAUGAUGAUGAUGAUGAUGAUGAUGAUGAUGAUGAUGAUGAUGAUGAUGAUGAUGAUGAUGAUGAUGAUGAUGAUGAUGAUGUGA